AUGAAUCAUCCUGAAAUCUCUGAAAUAAUCAAUGAAUACUUUGGAUAUCUGAAUCUUGCUCAACAUGAAGACUAUCUAAGCAAUAAAGCUGAUAUUCAUGAAGUUGUGGCAAAGAGAUUGUAUAAUUAUUGCACUUUAGUGAUAUAUGAUGGUCCUUUAAAUGAAGAUGGUAGCCCCAAAGAGGAAGCUGUUCAAAAAUCUAAAACAUACCUAUGGGGAUCUAAACUUUAUUCAAUCGAAGUAUCAGGUUUAAGAUGUGAUUGUGUUCCGAUCAAAGCAUUGAGGUUCCUGGCUGAUCAAUGUGGAACUCGGAACUUGGCGAUAUCAAAUGCGACAAUUGAUAUUGCUGCACUGAAUAGUCCAGAUUUUAGUAAGAUAACAGUGUUGUCUUUGGCCUACGUUAGAUUGACAAAGAUGCCAUGCUUACAUAACCUCACAGGUCUUGAAUACCUUUAUCUGAAUGAUAAUGAAAUUGAACAUGUCAGUUUUCAAAGCUAUUUUGAUGCUAAGACCGAUACAUACAGAACUAUGCCAAACCUGAAGCGUUUGAUAUUGUGUAGAAACCCUAUAUCAAGCAUUGAUGCAAGAAUUCAAAAGGUUUUUCCAAAUCCAUCCAUGAAAAUAGGUCUGGAUAAGCUAUAUUUACGCUAUCCAUUCAGCAAUAUGAAAGAUGAACUGCAAAAAGUAUGUAUCCAGCUUGUUGAGCCAGGUGAGAAGAAAGAGAAUGAGUCGGAGGUCAAGAACUAA